CAAAUUUAUAAAGUUUUAUUUAUGGAGCAGAGAUACUGAUAGUAGUGUCAUAAAUGAAAUGCUUAUUUUAGAUACAAAUUGGAGAGAAGGAAGUUUAUAAUUGUUUAUCGGUAACUAAUCUAAGAAAAUGCCGAUCAUCUAUGAGCAUAUUUUUUUAAUGAAUAUGAUAGGGUUAUCUCAGACUGAUCAUCAAUCAUUAGUAAAAAUUUUUUCACACAAAACUUAUUGCAUUUAUAAAAUGAUGCCUGAAAAGACCAAAAAAGCUUUCUUAGAAAUUGAGGAAAAUGAUUGCGCUUCUAAAAAAAUCGUUGACCUUCUAAAUGAAAGUAUAACAAGCAAGAACCCAACCAAAAGGGAGCUGAAAACUUUUCCACUUAAACCUCCAGAAUUGUUAUCAAGAAUCGCUAAUUUUUUACCACAGAUAGCAUUAGAUAAUAAAGAACUAGAAAAAAAAGACGUUAAAAGUAUUGACAUUGAAAAUGUUGAAGGUGCAGAAAAAAUAAUAGAAAUGAAUUUAGGAUUAGGUAUAUUCGAACAAAUAAAAAAACCUUCAGAGUGUGAUAUCAUAAUAAAUCCAAAAGAGUCGACCUUUGAUAAUUCAACUAAACCAAAAAUAAUUAUGAAUGAUAAUGAAACUAAGAAUGGGAGAGGAGAAUUAUCAAACGAAAUUUCACAAAAAUCAAAUUCAUAUAUCAUAUUUAAAGAUGAUCUUGAUGAUGAAAAUUUAGAAUCUUCUAAUAUAAUAAUGGAUAUUCAAUCAUCAUUAAAUUGUAAGAAGAAACCAAAAAUUAUUGUUCUAGAUGAUAAUCAAAGUAAUGAAGUUAAAGAGACGAUGAGUUUAGGUUCUAACGCCAAAUGAUAAUGACAGCUUAGGAAAAAUUCAAAUAAACUUAGUUGUUUAAAUUUCUGAUUUGGAUCGAUAAGGAUUUCCUCAUGAAAAUAUAAAAGUGUAUCAUUAAAUGUUCUUGUUUCUUUUUAAAUGAAUUCUUAUC